AUGCUUGAAAUUGUGUCUACUUAUUAUAGACAAGAAUAUCAUGAAAGAUCCAACCUUAAACAGCUUUGCUGCAUAAUUUUUAUAGAAGAAAAGAUUCUAUUUCACUUUUUAAGGAGGGCAGAAAAAAUCAAGAAAUGCUAAGGAAAUAGUAAUGAAAUGAUCAGCUAAAAAAUUAAAUUAUAUUUGAUGUAAACUUGCUUGAGCUCAAAUUUUUUUCUUAAUUUUAGAGGAUGCAAUUAUGGCCAAGUCAAAAUCUUUUGUCAACAUAUUAUUAUUAAUCAGGAAUAAAAAUAAUUUGACAAAGAAAUUUGUUAUAUUAGAUUUAAGAUUAUAAUUGUUAUGUUUUCAUAAAAUCUUUUUGAGGAUAAGUAUCGUUUUGAGAACUUACCAGAUGUAUUUCAAUUGAAAAAAAAUAAUUAAUUAAUAGAUGUAAGUGAGCCAGCUCGAAACUAAAAGUAAGUAUAUUCAAUUUCUCUUGAGACACCUACAUCACAAUUCUAUUUAUUUAACCAUAGAGCAUAUCAGAACAACUUUACACACAAUAUCUUAAACAUUUUCAUGAAAUAGAUAUUAUGAUUUCCUAUACCUUACAUACUUAAUAAGAACAAUUAAAAGUCAAGCCACAUUUGCAACCUAAGGUAAGAGAAUAAAAAUUAUAUUAUAUAGAUGGAUCAAAAGCAUGUUACACAACUAAUAAUUGUUUUAACUUAUUAUUAUAUAUAUUGA